CUGUGGCACGAGCUGUGCGACCUCAUCUCGCAGAACCCCGACAAGGUGCAGUCCCUCAACGUGGACGCCAUCAUCCGCGGGGGCCUCACGCGCUUCACGGACCAGCUGGGCAAGCUGUGGUGCUCGCUGGCCGACUACUACAUCCGCAGCGGCCAUUUUGAGAAGGCCCGGGACGUGUACGAGGAGGCCGUGCGCACCGUGAUGACCGUGCGCGACUUCACGCAGGUCUUCGACAGCUACGCGCAGUUCGAGGAGAGCAUGAUCGCCGCCAAGAUGGAGACGGCGUCGGAGCUGGGGCGGGAGGAGGAGG